AUUUUAUUAAUUUUUAUUCAAUAAUCUACAACUAAAGAAAAUUACGAAUUAAAGUUGACUAUAUGUCACUGUGCCCAAUGCCCAAUUGUGCCUGAUUGGAUUGUGCCCAAUGCCACAAGCCACACCGUCCACAAUCGCACCAUCGCACGUCCUCGAUCGUUCCAAAUACUUAAUUUGAAAAAUUCAUCCCUUUUUUUCAUUGUCACGUAUUUAAUAGGCCUGGACAAAAUUUGAUACGUUAUUUUAAUGUGACUUUCCAUUUAGACAAACAAAAUUAAUUCUAAUAGACAUGGGAACUGUACAUGCAAAGGAAGCAAAUGUACCCAGAAACUUAAAUCAAAGCUCAAACACAGCUGUCGCCAGAGGAAAACACAAUUCUGAGAAAGGAAAUGAUUCUUCAACAUAUUAUAAUAAGAAAAAGAACUUAUCACAGGAAGAAGAAAUUAAACAAAAAUCUUUUGAUUUGCAGUCGGUAAAGGCAAGAGUAGAUAGAGUACACAUAGAUGGCCUUAUGAGAACAAAGGAUGAUAUAAUAAGAGCUCAAGUAACAGACCUUUUUAAAGCUCAAGAUUUUCAAGAUGUUCUUCUACGUGCCUAUAAAGUCAAAGGAAAACUCGAAGCUUUAGGAUGUUUUAGGAGUAUCAGAAUUUACAUUGACACCAGUCAAGGUCCUCGUGCCAGUCCAGAAGGCGUUGAAGUCACCUUUACCGUUCACGAAAUGAGACGUUUGAUAGGUGGAAUUAAUACCAUGGUCGGAAAUAACGAAGCUUCUCUCGUUAUCGGAGCAAAAGCACCUAAUUUAUUCGGAAGAGGGGAACGUCUUCAAAUGGAAUAUUCUCAUGGUACAAAAAGUUCAACUAAUAUAAAUGUGUCUGCUGUUAAGCCAUUCGUAGAUAGUUGGCUCCAUACCGUGUUAACUGGUAGCAUAUAUAACACAAACAGUGAUUUUCCGUGGUCCGGUUAUAACGAAUGCGACAAAGGGAUUUUAUUAGAUAUCGCUCUUAAUCCGGACGGAGCUGGUAUAUUGAAACAUAACUUACAAUACGAGGGCGCAUAUAGAAAAAUUAUAUCUUCCAAACAAGCAUCGUUUCGUGUCCGUGAACAAUCUGGUCCAAGUUUGAAAUCUGCAUUGCGACACAUUUGUUCUAUUGAUAAAAGAGAUUCCUUAAUAUUCCCUACUAUGGGAAGCCUCGUACAAUUUUCAACGGAAGUGGCUGGACUCGGCGGAGAUAUUGGAUUCGUUAAGAAUGAACUUAUCGUGCAAUCUAAUUGGACGCCGCACGAAUGUCUCACCUUCCAGUUGGGUCUUCAGUCGGGGCUACUUCGAGGAAUUAAUAACGAUAUGAAAAUAAGCAUAACCGAUCAAUUCUUUUUGGGUGGACCAAUGAAUCUUAGAGGAUUCGAAAUGAGAGGUUGCGGACCCCGACAGGAUGGUAAUUCGAUAGGCGGCGAUGCGUAUUGGGCACUUGCAUUACAUCUUUAUACACCACUGCCGUUUACACCCGGUCGACAUAGUUUCGGUGACCUAUUCAGGUUACACGGGUUUGUCACCGGUGGAAAUGUAUCAAACUUCACAUUUAAAUUAUCCAACAAUUACAAAGAAAACAUGAAAAUCUUCACGGAAAAUGUUCGUUGCUCGGUUGGCGGUGGUAUCGCCAUGAAACUUGGAAACGUCGCAAGAAUCGAAUUGAACCUAGUUAUGCCUUUGCUACACGUAAGAAGCGAUGUAUUGCAAAAGUUUCAAUUUGGUAUUGGAUUGCAAUACUUGUAAGAAUCUUUUGUUCCAGAGUAGUAAAUUAUAUCUUGUAUUAUUUUUUAUAUCAGUAAUGUGAAUGUAAUGUACAUUGAAACCACAAUUACGAUUAUAAAUUUAUUACUGUUACGAAGACAGUCUAAUGUUAUUAGAAAUAAAUGUUUGAACGACUCGUUUCCAAUAAAGGAACUAGUACAAAUUUC